GCAUCGGUUCGUUUGGAUUCGUUGGUCGGCGGCACGUUUUUGCCAACGAAAGUAGCGCAGAUUACUUAAAAAUACCAAAAACCGAAAAAUUGGAACAGCCUCUGCCGGCGGCAGUUUCUCAGUUUCAGAUAUUUUCAAAUAGUCCGACUCUCCGAUCCGGCAUUCCGCGUUCUCAUCUGGUGCGAGUACCACGAACAGCUGCUCCCGUUGCUGCUUCGAUUCCCAUCGUCAUUCCGCUGUCGGUGGCCGCGCUAAAAACAUGAAAUUGAAAAUCAAUCUGGCGUUCCUCCGUGCGACACUCGUCGGUCUCCUGUCCAUCAUCCUCCUGACACAGACGGCGCAUAUCGAGGCCUUUGGAGGCGGAGGCGGCUCCUCAGGCAAUGGGGCAGUGGUGUCGUGCAAAGAGCUGAACAAUGUCAACUGCUAUGUGGGCCGCAAUGAGGGCAACUUCUGCAGCAGGAAGGAUCAAACCAAGGUCGUUACACGCUGGUACUUCGACAAGGGCGUCUGCAAGCCCUUCAACUACAAAGGAUGCAACGGCAAUCGCAACCGAUUCUGCUCGCAGGAAAGCUGCGAUGCACGCUGCGGCGAUUGAUUAGCAUCGGUGGAUACAUUGUACUAUAUAGAAACAUAGAUACAUCUUACCUAGGCGAUAAGUUUGUACGCGUAUGUUUAGCAAAUAGAGAUCGUUUCACACUUGAAGAAAAGUAACGUUAUUAACUAAAUACUCAAACUUAAAACUCAAUUACUUACAAUUCAUUCAUUAAAAUAUGAUUUUUACCCA